GAGCUGUGGUAGCCCUCAAAACUCUCCCAUAACAUGACGAUAUGCUUCCGGUAGCUUAUUCAUGAUGCCUCCUUCCUUUCUUAUUUCUAACAGGCUGUAUAUGUUGAGUAUAUCAUGUUGCGUGUCGGCUUUACUACGUCACUCAAUAGUUUAUCGAAAUUAAGAGUUCAGGUGGCAGCGAGACCAAUAACGUGUAGCAGCAUGUCGGCCAGGAGCACUGCUCGACUAUUUGAACAGGCGCAGGUGCACACCCGUUUCACCAGAAUUGAACUUCCUAAGUACUCUCUGGAGAUGCUGGAGAAAGGACCCAAGGCUAAGUUCACAGUGUGCGUGGAGGGAAACAUCGGAAGUGGGAAGUCAACGCUGCUAGAACACUUCUCCAAGUUUGACGAUGUUGAAGUGUUGCAAGAACCUGUCGAGAAAUGGCGAGAUGUGCGUGGCUGUAAUCUCCUGAGUGAGUUAAGGAUCAGGGAUCUCGACCCUGAAAGGGUUAAGGCUCAUUGGCACAGAUACUGUUUCGUGGAGAAUCUCUACAAGGGAGGAAAAAUGUCCAGUGCUGAGUACAGUGUUUACUGUGAGUGGUAUAAGAUGAUCACACAGCAUUUGAAUGUCAACAUAGAUCUCAUUGUGUAUCUGAAGACUGACCCUAAGAAGCUUUAUAAACGUAUUAAGGAACGAUCCCGGUCUGAAGAGCAGGCAAUUCCUUUUCAGUAUCUGGAGGCCCUCCACAAUUUACAUGAGGGCUGGUUAACAGAGAAGAAAUAUCCUCUGCCAGCUCCUGUAUUAGUCCUGGAUGCCAAUGACAACUUAUCUACCAUGUACAAAAAAUUUGGAACACACUGGUUAUCCGUGCCAGAAAUUGUUGAACAAAAUCAGUGA